GCGUGCUCGGACGAACACUCGAGGCAGCAGCUAGUUUCAGUUUGGUGCCCGCGCGAUCAGCAACCGCCACAACAAGUCGCCAGGAUAUUAUAGCACGACUGUUGUAGUCUAUACAGUCCAUAGUCUAAUAUACGACCGAUAUAUCGUUUUACAUAGAUUCACAUUAUUGUCCACCCGUUCCCGUAUGACCACCUAACCUAACCGAAACUCUUUUUUUCACGUCGGUACACAAUAAAUUACUCGACAAAUACGAAAUAAUCGUCACUUUCGUCGAUCCCGCCAUUAUGAAGCGAUCCUACACCAUAAUCUUGAUGGCCUCGCUGUCCUUAAUAACAACCGAAGCAGCUCACAUGUUAUACGCGCAAAACUGUGGCAAAGAAGAGUACAACCGAUGCAUCGCUCUGGCCGACCCGCUGGUGAAAGAUCCGCAUUUCAUCUACCCGGGAAAUCUAAAGGACAUCGAUAACAUAUGCCGCACUUGGACGCUGUUCGUCGAUUGUACAAAGCGAUACACCGAACACUGUUUCGAGGAGAGCAAAAGGAAAUUGUUUAACAAUGCCGUUGAGAACUCUAUCGAACUGGUCCAUCAAAUGUGCACGUCGCCUCAAUACCAGACAGAAUAUUUGAAACACGCGUCGUGUUUACGAACCACGCUGUUUGACGAUUCGCGUUGUGGGAAACACUAUCGAUCUUUGGCCGGAUUCAUUUCGAACGAGACCAGUGGACCCAGUAUUUGUUGCACUCACCACAGAUUCCGAGAGUGCGUGCUUGACCAAACACGGAGGACAUGCAACCAAGACGAUGAUACGUUUACACAACAAUUGUUGGACAAAGCUUUUGGAUUUUUCCGCAACCAGUGUAUAGACUACGUACCCAAUCAAGACGAAUGUCCUGGAUAUGAAUAUUAUAACGCGAUGACCACUAACCGGUGGCAAGACGAUAAGGGCAAAGGAUCGCCGAGUCCCAACCAGUGGCCGUCGACAAAACGACAGGACGAUUGGAGACCAGAGCAGAACACCGGAGGCUGGUCCGGCGGACCAUCAACGGCGGCCGCGGGCAGCGAAAGAACAAGCCGUGGCCACACCGUCCAAGCCGCGUCGUUCAGCACGCCGACGUGGCAGGUGUCGGCCGCGAGUGUCGGCGGCAUUGGCGGAGGCGUCUCUCCGUCUGCUCAGCCGCCGACCAAGAAACCGGACAGCACCAGUUACAUGAGCAACGUGAUCGACGAGCCCAACCAACAGGGCCUGGCCCAGACCGGUGCCGGACCGGCGCCAAACGCACCCUGCGCAGCGACCGUCGCCGCCGCCCUGUCGCUAUUGGCGCUCACGAAAAUCGCCACAUAAUAUCGGAACAAAUAUUACAAUUAUUUAUACCUACAAUAUUAUAAAAUAUUACACUCGUUCGCAUAAUUUAUUAUAUAAAAAAUUGUUAUAUGAAUAUAAUAUUUUAUAUAUUACAGGGUGAUCCACCAAGCAUGCUCGCCCCCUUUUUUCUUCAAUAAUGCGCACUUGGGUGCCUGUUGAAAAUCUUUGGAAUAUUUAAAUAUAUACGUCUUAAAGACCAUAUCUUUUUAAAGGUGACCUGUAUGUUAUGUACAACCUUCUGUUUCACAAACGAAAAGCCCCCUUUUCUACUGCAAAUCAUUUAGUGGAUAAUUUUAACGGAUAAAUAUUGACGUAUCAGGAUCAGAAUAAUUCUAAUCUAUCGACAUUGAUAAUUUACAAAAAUCGUACAAUUACUAUAAAUAAAAGAUCCAAUAGGCAAUAUUACAUUUACUUUAUAUUUAUAAAACCAUUUUUAUUAAGGACAAUUUAUUAUCCUUAAUAUAAACAUUUUAAUAAGUAAUAACUGAGAAACUAUAUAUAUGUAGUACCUAUUAGGUUAUACACCAGUAGAAAAAAAAUUAUCCACUAAAUAAAUUACAGGAAAAAUGGGGGUUUUGAUUUUAGAAAUAGAAGUUAGUAUCACUACAGGACAUUUUUUAAGUUUUAUAUCUCAAGAAUUUGAAAAUAUGAUCUUAAAGUAAAUUUUAAAGUUUCAAAUCAGAUUUUGAAAUUAUUGAAGAAAAAAGCGGACGAGCAUGCUUGGUGAAUCAUCUUGUACAUAUAGGAUGCCUCAGAGAUUACGGUUUAUUAUUGUUAUUAUUAUUACUGUACACGACCACGAAAAAAAAACAUAUUUAAAACACGUAACUAAUAAACCAUUGGCUAUAAUAUACAAUAAUAUCGUUCAAAACGAUAGUCAAAUAAUAUUGUUGUAUACCGAGACCCACCCACCUGGUGAAAUGUUUUACUUUCAAUAAUGAACCACUUACCUAUAUUAUCAUUAUUUUAAAUAAAACAUUCGCUAUUUCAUAAUCUAUUAACAUUUUUUGUAAUAUUUAUAUUAUAUUACAAUUUCAGGGGAGGCUAACAUUAUUAAAACCAAUGUGAGCGGGGGGGGGGGGGGCUUCGAUUCCAAACAACUAAAAAAUGAGGGAGCUUGGCGGACUUUUUGCGGGGCUAAGCACCCUUAAGCCCCCCACCCGAUUUCCUAUAAUGUACCCAACUACAUGUGUAAUAUAAUAUAAUAUUAUUAUAGCAAUCUGUCGCAUUGUUUUUUGCAUAGACCGAUGUAUUAUUAUGAUUUGUAUUAUAUUGUCUUACAUAUAAUUUUUUUUUUUCAUAUAGCGAUCGCACCGUUUACCACAUUUUAUUAUUUUGUAGUUAUUAUAAUAUUACCAUUGUCUUAUCGCGCUGCAUUGCAGUGCGGUCGAAAUAGUGCAGUGAGCAGAAACAAUUAAACAUAGUAAAAACUCUCACUUUGCGUCUUAAAUCACAGUGUAAAGUGAAAUAAAAUUACAGUCAUAUUUGUUUAAAGUAUAUGAAAUAUAUUAUUAUUAUAUAGUAUACCUGCACGCAAGGCCGUAGAGGGUACAUUGUUGUUAUAUUAUAUAUUAAUAUGUAUAAAUUAUUUUGGUUGUAAGAUGUCGUUUUUCAAAAGAAAUCAAAUCGGGUUGUGAAAUAUUGUACGGAGAUGAGAAAAUUAAACGUCAGCGUCUCCCUAACCUUCGAUCACUGUAUAAUAAUAUGUACAUUUUAUACAAUAUCCUAUCUGAUAAUUGAUUGUAUACCUACCUACUGUCCUAUAUUAUUGUGUACCUAUACCCAUUGGGUUUUGAUGAUGGAAAAGUCUUCAUUUUCUGUGCUAUUUCAAAUAACAUAAAACAUUAUUGUUAGGAAUAAUUAUUAUUAUUAUUAUUAUAUGCAUAUUAUACAUUAUACGUCAUAAUACCGACGACCGUCGGCCAAAGAGUUUGACCAACCUUAAUUUUUUCAUGUAACACGAGUCCGUAAUCUUUGUAUAAUUUAUUAUAAUAAUAUUAUUAUUAUUAUAAUCGUCAAACAACACGCGUGCAUUGUCAUCGACGGCGUUGAAUUAUAUAAUUUAUAUACUAGUCAGUACUUAGUCACAAAAUGAUACACACGUGUUACAAUAACGGUUACGAUACAUUAUUAUUUUUAUUAUUAUUAUUAUUAUUACAAUAUACUCAUAUCAAAUAGUCUGUGAUGUUUUACAAUGUAAAUGAUACUUACCAUAUCGUCGCAAACAUAAUACAUUGUAGGUAGGUAUAUUGUUUUUCUUUAAACAACGUUUGACGUAAAAUAAAAUAACAUUUAGAUUUUAGGUACCUAUAUAUGAUACAUAUUAUUAUAAUUGUUAACCAUAAAAAAAAUAUUAUAUCAUAUUAUAUAAGUACCCAUCGUAUACCUAAUAUUAUAUUACGUGCACAUUGGUUGAUUUACAAUCAAUUAAUAACAUAUUAUUUAGAUAUUGGCCGACUUUGUUGAACGUAAGUGUUUUUUUCUAAGUUCAUUGCCGUACGAGAAUAAUAUACAGUUUAAUAAGUAAAAUAUGUAUUAUAUUAUAUUUUUAAUUGUUAAAUACACUCAAUGAUAAUAAUAUACGCGCACUAUUAUACAAAUUUUGUUUACCCUUUUUGUUGUUUUUUUUUAAU